UAUCUCACCACGAACGUCUGAAUCUUCGGGUCUGUGCUGAAGCACCGCUGUACCCCAACGAUCACCGAUCAUUUGCGAGCGAAACGAGUUGAAGUGCAAACGUCUGCAGCGGAGUUCCAAGUUGUAAAUGUGAAAAGUGGAGGGGAUCCGUCCGUAUCUCCCUAUAUCUAUCGCUGGAAUACAAAGUUGAACCAAGUUGGAAUUUGUCACAAUCGAAACACAUAAAUCUUGAAUCGAAAAAUAUCUUGAAUCACGCCGAAUACCAUCUGCAAUUUGCAUAAAGCGUUACUAAGACGCGCUCUGUCAGUUAACCCACUUUCUAAACGACCAAACCAAACAAGAAAAAGAAAAAUAUAUUGAAAAGAAUAAUACUUCGACCGAUAUUCAGCAAACAACGAAACCAAUUAACAAGCAAAUAGUGCCAAGUAAAUAACAGAAGGGUAGUGUCCAAGUGAAUCACGGGAAAGUUUUAAUUUUUUUCUACUCCUCAAAAGUGUGUAAUAGUUCUAGUAUAGAGGAAAUCGCGAACCUAAACCUGGCUAAAAUCUAAAUCAUUCAAAAGCCGCAAAAAAAGUUGACUGGAAAACGCACUGAUACCUGAAACGCCCACAAACCGACGACUGUCAGUCAAUUGAAACCACAGCAACAACAAGAGUAGCAGCAACUGCAUCAGAAACAGCAUCAUCUACCAAGAAAUACUAACAACAAUACGGAUUGCAAACAGACCGGAUUGCACUAACCAUCAAUUGAAUCGAGGAAAACCACGACAGAGGCAAAAGUUCAAGCAGAAUAUGGCCUAAGGUUGUUCAACUAGCAGCAACUAGCAACGAAAAGUCACCAAGAUGUCGUCCUCGAUCUGUUCACACUUCACCCAGAAUGCCUGGAAAAAGGACCUGUGCUCCAACUGCUUCAAGUCGAAGGACGAGCAUAAGGCUGCCGCAGCAGCAGCAGCUGCCAAGUCUGGCGGCAGCAAAGCGGACAUUCUGGCCAAAACCGAUUACCCCAACAAGCACAAGACCCCGGCCAAGAGUAUCAUCAAAAAGGCCUUCGGUGUAAGACUGACGAGCUCGAGUGGAAAAUCUGGAAGCUCCAAGAGCGGCAAGGUGUGCUUCCCCAAGCAGCUGCACGAGAUUAUCGGGUAUGGAGGCGAGUGGUCGGACGAUGAUGACGACGACGACGAUCACGACUUCAUGAACCUGGGCAACGAGCACGACGACAUGGCCAUUACGGAGACGGAUGACGAGGAGACCGUCGAGCUGAAAAGAAUCACCAGGGCCAACACGGACUUCAACAUGAACAAUGGUAACUUACUGGGCGACGCCCAGGAGAAUAUUAAAAAGUCCUUUGCCGCUUUGAAGCUGGGCGCCCCACAGGUCGAUAAGGAGGGCAAGAAGCAGACCCUGACCAUCAAUGUGAUGCCCUUCGGGCAGCCCAACUCGAAGAGUGCAGCGCCAGAAAACAAAAGCACUGCCUCAGCCGCCACGCCAGCCAAAUCGAAAUCAAAGCCAGCGACCACAACCAGCACAGCCAUUAAGAGUACAACUAGUAGUAGUAGCACCACCACAACCACUGCCAGUGUGGCCAAAAAGGUGACCACCACCCUGACACCCACUCUGUUAAUGACGAAGAGCACCACAGCCACGGCGGCGACGAGUGCCACUGUGACAUCAUCAUCAUCUUCAUCAUCCCGUGACGGCAAGGACAGUCCUCCUCUUGCCCUGGCCAUGGAGAAGUCCCUGCUGGACGAGAUAUCCGAGACGUUGGAACAGAAACAGAAGCAAAGCGAACAGAACAGCUCAUCGGCCAGCACAACCGGAACAUCUUCUUCCGCCGGAAAUAGCCAAACUACCAGUUCUAUUUCUACUGCUUCCAGUAAGAUUAAAUUCGAGCUGAGCGCCCUCAGCGAUUCCCCGAAGCCAUUUCUCGACCUUAAGAAGCCGAUUGCCCGGAAUGCACCAAUCACCCGAGACCAGGCCAAGCCCAAGGUGAAUGUGUGCCACAAGUACUCGGAUACGGACAGCAACUGCUCCGACACGGACAACGGUGUGUCCGCCUACUACGACGUGGUAGAGACCCAACUAAGCUACGAGAACCUGCCGGAUGGCAAAUACUCUGAGCAGAUCGGAGUGGCCACCGCCACAGCCUCUCAGGCGGAUUCGGGUAACUCCCAUUACUCCAGCUCCCAGUACAUCACCGACAUGCUGCUGAGCUCCAAGACCCGAGCAGCGAGCUACAAUCUCCACGAGGGUAACUUCAUGACUAGCAAGAUCACCUCCGAUGGCCUAAUUGUCACCAAAUGCAGCUCGGACGACGCCCUGGAUUCCACAGGAAGCAGCUUCGACGGCAGCUCGGACGAGGAGAACGCCUACAACAUGAUCCGCAGCGAAUCGGAUUCGGGAAUCGGCAUUAGCCUUGGCAGCGAAUACAAGAACCUCGGCGUGGCCAAGGGCCCGUCAGUGCCGCUCCUGGUGGAGAAGAAGCUGAGUGCCAGUACCAACAACUCGGACUACGAGGACAUCCAAAUCGGAGACCAGGCGGUGGCCAAGCCGGCGGUAAAGAGUCGGGAACUUCAUGGAGAACCCGAUGGCAGUGCAGAUCCGGACAACAGUUUGGAGCAGAAACAGCAACAGCCUCAGCAGAAGGAGUCGGAACCGCUACUGCCAGCUCUGCCAAAGUCUCCGCCACCACCCAUGAAAGUGGAUGCUCGGCCCUCGUUCCUUCACGGCCUGAAAAAGCCAGAGUUGCCCGUGAAGCCUCUGGUGAACAAUCCCAGCAGCGUCACCAGUAACCCUCCAUUGAAGAGCUUCCUGGGUAAGCGACAGCCCAGUUGUGCGGAACAGCAAUUCAUCAGUCAGCUGCAGUCGGCCAUUUCCAAGUCCAGUGAGAAUCUGCUUCUGGCCAAAGAGAAUCUAAUGGCCGCAUCGGACGAGUCCAAGCUGAAAAAGGGCAAGGCACCGAACCCGCCGCCGGAGCCGAAACAGCUCAGCGCUCCGCCCACGCCGGAACGAGAUUACAGUCUGGUAGUUGAGUUCGAGCAGGCGGCGGAAAAGGUUGCGUCAUCCGGCUCGGGCUCGGGCUCGGGCUCAGGUGAGCAAUCGUCAUCGACGGCGGAAAACCAAUCAUCGCCACCAGUUGCAGGCGAGACGCCAAAGACAGCUGCCACAGCCGCUGCAGCCAACGGGAUCAACGGCAAUAACAACAACCUGUAUACCCGUAAACCGGCCCUUCCCGUCACCGGAGGAGCUCCCGUAAUCCGGGAAAAAGACAAGCGCGAGCGCGCCGUGAUUAAUCCCAAGUUCCGGAGCUUAAACACCUUUGUGAUGCAGCGGGCGAAUGCCGCGAAGCAGAUGCAAUCCGCCGGCUCUGUUCUGAGCCUCAAACAACCGAUGACGCCAGAGCCGACACCCCGGAACCCCAGGCAUCUUUCCAUGUCGGAGGAGUGCCUGGCAGCGGCCGGUUUGGACAAGAAAUCCCCCUCGGCAUCGCCGCCCCAGAAGCAAAAGUCCAAGUUCUCGAUUAAAAAAUUCCUGCGCAUGGGAAGCAACGGCGGCAGCACCAAGUCCAGUGACUCCGGCCUGGCCAAGAAGGAGGGCAGUGUCUACACGGAGAUCUGUACGGGCACCGAGGAGGGUAGCGCAUCCGGAAAACCACGUCUGGUCAUCAUCCAUCCCAUUGACAUUAAUCCCACGGCCGUGGAAGUGGUGAAGGACAUCACCAAGACGAGUGAUACCGUCUCAGCGCAGACAGUGGCGGUGGUUACGGCCAAACCUCCGGCCCCGCCCCUCCGUUCCAGUGCCAGUGAGGGGCAGCGGGCUCACGAGGCGAACAAGCCGGCCCGCCCCCCGCCGCCCAAGAGUGCCGAACUGCGCCGGAAGCAGAAAACCGAGCUGACGGCCACCUUGAGCUCCAGCAGCGUGGACUCCAGUGUCCUGCCGGCCGGCCAGGUCUCCGGCACCGGAUCCAUCAAGCUGAAAGCCGACAAUGUCUACGCCAAUUUGGGAGAAAUCCGCUCCUCCAUCGCACCACGGAAACCAGAGCGAACGGCCAGUAUGCGAGAGCGAGAGGCGCAACUGGAACUGGUACGGAAGCGUGGCGUCCUCACCGACACUAUCUCCAUUUGCUCGUCAAACGGUGAGAAUGGUGCGACGGAUCAGGGCAAGACACUGUCCAAGUCCUCUGCAGGGCAGGAGUCCUCCAGCAAGGCGGCCUCCACGGCCAAUAGUCGGACCAGCACCUUUGAGCGCCAGCCCCAGAAGAUGAGUGAACCGAAGAUGUCGAUUUCCAGCAAGUUGGAAAUCUUCGAGCAGCGUUCCACCAACGACGCCACAGAUGCUGCCCAAAGGAGCAGCCUGAAGGAUUCGGUGCGAAAAAUCAACAGCACUAUCGAUAGCUAUCUGAAGGAUAAACGCGAUUACGAGAACAUGUACGAGUUUGUCAAAAUGGGCUCACCGCAGCCGGGUGCUGGAGGCACUGCCACGCCCACGGCAUCCACAGCCACACCUCCGCCGCCCCCGACACGGACUAACAUUGAUCUGGUGGCGGUGGCUGGUCAGCGGUUGACCCAGGUGGCCCGGAGGAAUAAUCUCUACUCGGACACUGCCUCCAUUGCCAGCUACACGCGCAGCGAGUACGGCCCGGUGCGAAACUACGGACUGAACAACAGCUUAGCUAACAUUCCACGGAUGAUUUCCGCCUCGUAUGCCGGUAGCGAGGUGGGAGAAUUCGACAUCUAUGCUCCGUACAGCUACUACGGAAGCGAGGCGGGCGGCGAUGUGGCCACGGACAUCAAUGACAGUGUUUGGGGCAUGCCACAGGCCAACAAAAACCGCAGCAAGGCCACGAAUCGUUUGCGCAUGCGCAAAGGACGCAGUGUCGUGCACAAGACCAUCGAGGACAACUACACCGCCGUGGUGGUGGCCAACCACGAGGCACUGGCCCAGGUCCUUGAUCAGCUCCAGCAAACUCCCGCAGUUCCGGCAGCACUGCGUCCUCUGGCCAAUGCCAUUAAUUUGCGCUACGAGGACUUCACCAUACUGGAGGGUGCUCAGGCAUUCGUUGUUGGAAAGAAGGCCUUUCAUGCAGCGCUCUGGAGUUCUUCGCCCGUGACCCUUGCCCUUUCGGCCGACUGCAACCAGCUGGCGGGAGUGGGCGGAGAACUGAGCCAACUAACUGGUGGCGUGAGCGAUGUCCUUAAUCCGGUGACGGAGUUCUGCGACCUAGUGCCCAGCUACCAGCUGCCUCUGAUGCCCUCGACAGAGGUAACGCUGUUGCAGGCCACCAUCUCGGUGCUGCCACGUCUGCAACUGGAGACUCUGCAAUCCAUUGGAGCCAUUCUGAAGGGAAAAUCCCAGGUCCUGGACAAGAGCAAUUUCAACUUCCGGGGCUCAAUUCCGAAUCUCAGCGGUCUAAAGGAGGGCGGCAAUUCGGCACUGGGCGGCGGAAAUCUGAGGAACGUAGUGUCUGUGCAGAACCUGAGUACUCUGAACGAGGAAUCCUCCAACCCCGCAACUGGCGCUGGAGAGGAUGGUGCGACGAAUGCGAAUGCCAUGCCCGCAUUCGAUGAUGUCAUGACCCGGGAGGUGGCCUUCAUCAUGUUGCAGCUGGUCAACGGAAUGAAGAACUUGCAGGCCAAGGCAAUUGAAGAGACGCCGCUCAGUCUUUCCAAUGUGGUGCUGUCCAAGGACAUGGACAAUAAGGACGCCCAGGCGCGACUCUGCGUCCUGCAGGGCAACAACAACGAUGACGAGGAGCCCAUGGGCACCUUGUGCAAGUGCGCCCACUCCGCCCUGACCGACAUGCUGCCCCCUACCAAGAUCACUCCCAUUCUGGCGGACAUCCUGCAGCAGGAGCGUUCCGAUUCCCUGUCCAAGGCCAAGGCCGUCUUGGAGUUUGUCCUGUGGGGUCCCUCGGAUGUGGCGCUCACCGGAUCGCUCAAGGAGCGGGAACUGGCCCUUCAGCGGUGGUUGGACCUGGAGCGGGCCACCGUACUCCAUGGCCUGGUGCGGACCCGGGUGGAGUUGACCGUGUACGACGAGUGUCAUCUAAUGUUCCUCGUCCGGUCCACGGCCAAAAUGAUGAACGAUGCGGCCAAAAUCGUCUGCAGUUACCAGCAGGCGAACGGCGCCGCUGGCCAGGAUUAGUUCCAGGAUGAACUGCCCUUUUAGUUACCCCCGCUCAAUGCUUAAGGAAUUUUCUCUUAUAACUACUAUACGAAUCUGUCAUAGACACCUAAUCCAUAAAGUCAACGAAAGAUAUAUCGAACCAUAUACUUAUAUAAAUAAAUAUACACUUUUUAUAUCUUUGCCCAGCGUGCCAAAUUGUUUCGCGCGGAAAUUGUCAUGUAAAAAUAUAAUUAUCAAAACGAUUUGUGCAACUUUAGUGAAUUAAUAAUCUACCAUUAAGUCAUUAAUCUAUACGAAUAUUUAUAUUUUCCUGUACGCGUACGUAAAUAUAAAAAUAUACUCAAUCAGAUUGCAAUUAUUGUAUGCCAGAUAACUGGUUGGUAAGACAAAACUCUUUGGUGUUUGAACAAAUAAAUACAAUACAUAUUAUAUAUAAAUUAUAAAUAUUGUCUAAUAUAAAUAAAGAAAUCGAAACUUAUAAAAUUCA